CAUCACAGAGUAAAAAAAAAGUUUAAUAAAAACCGAAAAAAGGCAGCUCCAGCUCCAGAGCUUCUCCUUGUUUCAUCUGAUCUCCACUCUUCUCCUUCCAACCCAAAAACCAUGGAAGACGAUCAGCUUUACGCGCUGUCAUCAACAACAGGAGAUUACAUGCACCCACCGGAGACCAUGGAGUGUCCGCCCAGUAUCUGCCAAGGCUUUCUGGGUUUUCCCGCUUUUGCGUCCACCGACCCCAUGUCCGACGACGCUUCAAUGGUGGCCCAGAUUCAGAGGGUGGGGUCAGAGGAGGAUGUCUCCAGUGCAAUUAGGGCCAAAAUUGCUUCUCACCCAUUCUACCCUAAGCUCCUCCAAGCUUAUAUCGAUUGCCAGAAGGUAGGAGCGCCGCCGGAGGUAGUCGAAGUGUUGGAUGAAAUCAAGGGGGAAAGCGACGUCGUUUGUAAGAAAACCAAUGUCGUCCCUUCUUGCUUGGGCGCUGAUCCUGAACUCGACUACUUCAUGGAAACAUAUUGCGAUAUUCUGGUGAAGUAUAAAUCGGAUCUGUCUCGGCCUUUCGAUGAAGCGACGUCGUUUAUCAACAACAUACAAACGCAGCUCGCCGAUCUCUGCAACGGAGCUUCCACAACUAACCCUCUCGAUAGUAAAGGAGGUGGAUCAUCUGAGGAAGAAUUGAGUGGAGGUGAUGAGAUGGAUGUAACGGAGUGUUCGAGAAUGGUGGAGGAUCGUCAGCUGAAGGAGAAACUGUUGAGUAAAUACAGUGGUUAUAUUAGCAGUCUUAAGCAGGAAUUUUCUAAGAAGAAGAAGAAAGGGAAACUACCCAAAGAGGCAAGGCAACUCUUGUUUGACUGGUGGAAUCUUCAUUACAAAUGGCCUUACCCCACGGAAGCUGAUAAGACUGCAUUGGCUGAGACAACGGGUCUAGAUCAGAAACAGAUAAACAACUGGUUUAUAAAUCAAAGGAAGCGCCAUUGGAAACCAUCUGAGAACAUGCAGUUUGCUGUUAUGGAUAGUCUAUACGCACCCUUUUACAUGGACACCUAGCCUACCUCAUCAUGCAAUCUCCUUACUUACCUAUAUAUAUAUAUAUGUUAUAUGUAUUUCCCACUUAAAUCCUUCUGUAAAUUCUCUGAUACUCACCGUUUAGCUUUUGCAAAUUACAAUGGAAAGUCCUAGUGUAUCUGGGCUUUAAGAAAACUUAAAGCGUGGUAAUACUGCCGGCGCUUUUCUUCUCCGUUGUUUAGGCUAAUUUAA